GAACAGGCUUUUUUCACGCACAGAUGACAGAUAAUAGACGUGUGCUGUUGAGUUGUUAAGUUGUGUUGUGUUCAGCCGCAAGUGAAAUGAGAGGAAAGUGUCAAAGGAAGUGUUUUUCUGCCGUAUCACUCUGAUGUUAUCGCUUUUCUUCUAAACCUGAGCUUCACAUUGAGAAACUGUAAAAGAGAAAGCCACUGAGGUUCAAACAGCAUGUGCUCCACACCGACUAUGAGAAGAUGAAUGUCAGGAGAUCUGUGCGCGUCUUGAUCUGUGUCUUCUGCUUCUGCUGUGCUUUGGGAAACAUAAAGCGCUCUUUCAGUGUUCAAGAGCUGAUGGUGAAUCAGAAAAAGCUGAAUAAUUGUAAGGAGCAGAAGAACCUGUGUGUAAUGUCCAGCGGUGACUGUCUCUAUACAGCAUCAGACGGAGCUCCUCAAGUUCCCAGAACACCUGACAACUUCCUGAACACAUCAUGCCUUUAUCUGAGUGCUGAGGAGUCAUUCACCUGCAGAUGGAUUCAGACAAACAACGUCAGAUUACAAACCAUCAGCAGCUUUAUUUUCAGCAAAGUCGGUGAGAUCCACCACUGUCAAUCCAUUUUAAAUAAGCAUUCAACCUUCAAUUUAACCAUCAAAAGUGUCAUCGGCCAGAAAACGCAGUUCUCUGAGGUCUAUCUGCUGAUCAUUAAGCAUAUAACUCAAGCUCCUCAACCGCUGAUCACGUCUGUUAACGCCACUGAAACGUCAAUCAACGUCACGUGGAACAGCAGGGAAAAAACAGUUACUAAAUGCAAAAUCCGUUACAGGCGUCUGAACACAGAGUCAUGGACCGAGACUGCAGAUUUCCCAGCCUCCAUCGAGUCUCAGUACGUGAUCGAGGGUUUACAGGUCUCCAGUGAGUAUCAUCUGAGCGUCUCCUGCGUUCUCGGAUACGGUCGAUGGAGCAACUGGAGUAACGACACUCGAGUGAAGACGUCAGAGAGCCUGCCGUCUGCUGCUCUCUCUCUCAGUUAUUAUGUGUAUUCAGAUGGAAAAACUCAGCAGCUGCUGCUUCUCUGGAAGGCACUGGACUUCACUGAUGCUCGAGGACUCAUUCAAGGAUAUGAAGUGUCCUACAUGCCUAUCAAACAACCCUCUCAGAAGAAAACCAUCCACACCACUCAUCUCAAGGUUGUUGUUCCGGUAAGGUCAGAGGAAUAUGAUGUCUCUGUAUGUGCCUAUAAUAGCGUGGGACGCUCGCCGUACCGCCGGAUCACAGUCAACGCAUCUGAUAUUUACGAUUUGCCACCAGUGAAGAGUCUCUGGGUUUAUUCUGAUGGUUCUUCGCUGCAGAUUCUCUGGGAACACGAGUUUACCAUGGUAAACGUCAGUGAGUUUGCUAUCGAAUGGGGCACCGCGACCGACCGUGAGCACAGACUCUGGGAACGAGUCAGCAGGUCCACAUUUACAGCCCAUCUGACAGGCAUUGAAGCGCAGCAGACGUACGUCAUCGGCGUGUUUCCCAUCUACGAGUCUCUCUGCGGGCCGUCGACCCUCAUCUCUGCUGAUCUACAGCACGGCGCUCUGUUAGAUCUGGUGCGGUUCCGUGUGGUGAACGUGACGAGCUCGUCUGUGGCGGUGGAGUGGACGUGGCAGAAUGCGAACCCCAGCGUCAGUGUGCUUCACUACAAACUGCUGUUAACUGGACCGAAUGACACUCAGUCUCUCACAGUCCUUCCUUACAAACAGCAGCACUCGUUUGUCCAUCUCCGUCCAAACACCAAAUACUCAAUCCACAUACAUGGACGAACUGCAGACAGAAACUUCUCAAAGGCCAGUCUGGAUGUCAACACGCUUCUCCUAGAUUAUGAUGAGAUGAUGAGGUUUGCAGUUCCAGUGAUUCUGCUGCUUGUCCUCUGUGGGAUUUUCUCAGUUUUAACACGGAACAUGUGCAGGGAAUAUUUCUCCCCCAUCAUCGCCAAUCCGAGGUACAGUCUGAUCGGACGCUGGCUCCUCAACCCGCAUCUUCAGGGCAAUGGUAAGAUCUGCGUGCUGAAGCUGGACAGUGUGUUCCUGCUCGACCAGCAGAUGGAGAAGAGCAUCAUCCAGGUGGAGCGUCGCGUGUCUUUGCCAUCCGAUCACGAGGAUGUGCUUCCACCAAAGAUCCCUGAGACCACUGAAGGUACAGCUCUGUGGAAACCCAGUUCAGACUAUGUGGAAAACACUCAAACUCCCUCUAUUGUGCCUGAGUAUGUAGAUUUACCCUUAUUACCUCAUAGUUCAGGUUAUGUUCAGAAUGGACAAAUUCCCAAUGAGAGAAUUGCAGACUGAAACCUGCAUUGAACUAAUGUGAAAACUAGAGAUGUGCCAUUUUCAGUCUUAGAAUGACUCGCCUGCGGUUUCUCAUCUCAUUCAAUUCACUCAUUUCACGUUUGCAUUUGCAGCAGUUUGGUGUACUUCAUAUAAUAUUUGAUGAAAGUGAAAUCAGGGGGCUUCAAGAUGACUUUAGUUUAACUCUCAUAAUGCAACAGAGAUCUAAAAAUUAUUAAAAAAUGUUUUUAGUAAGGAAAAGAAACUUUGCAAAUGCUUUAAGUCCUUCAAAAUACACAUUUAUUUUUUGCAAAUUUUUACUAUUAUUUUUUAAGAGAUGUAAUCUUUUUUUUUUUUUUUUAAA